GAGUUUAGGUCCCCGGGUUGGUGGGGUCAGAGGGAGAGGGGGCUUCCUGGACUGCUGGGGGUGCAGGGCGCCUUGGGUGUGGCACCCAGAACAGGUUUCUGAUCUCUAACUUGGCUGUGAUCAUUGUGAUGGAGCAAGAAAAAAAACUGUUGGUCUCAGAUUCUAACAGCUUUACGGAGAGGGAGAGUUUGAAAAGCCUCUUCACAGGAGAUGCAAGUAUGAAUAAUUUGGAAACUGUUCACCACAAUAAUUCUAAGGCAGAUAAAGAGAAACUUUCAGAAUGGUCUAAAAGACAUAGACCACAGCAUUAUAAGCAUGAGGAUGCAAAAGAAAUGCCACUGACAUGGGUUCAAGAUGAGAUUUGGUGUCAUGAUUCCUAUGAGAGUGAUGGCAAGUCAGAGAAUUGGGGGAAUUUUAUAGCUAAAGAGAAAGAAAAACCCAAUCACCAGGAAUGGGACCCAGGAGAACAUACCAAUGCCUGUGUCCAGCAGAAUUCAUCCUUUGUAGACAGACCCUACAAAUGUUCCGAAUGUUGGAAAAGCUUCAGUAAUAGUUCUCAUUUGCGUACUCACCAGAGGACCCACUCAGGAGAAAAGCCUUAUAAAUGCUCUGAGUGUGCAAAAUGCUUUUGUAACAGUUCUCACCUGAUUCAGCAUCUAAGAAUGCACACAGGAGAGAAGCCCUACCAGUGUGGUGAAUGUGGGAAAAGCUUCAGCAAUACCUCCCAUCUUAUUAUCCAUGAGAGAACUCAUACGGGAGAGAAACCCUAUAAAUGUCCCGAGUGUGGGAAGAGAUUCAGCAGCAGCUCUCACCUUAUUCAGCAUCACAGAUCACAUACAGGUGAAAAACCAUAUGAAUGUUCUGUCUGCGGAAAAGGCUUUAGUCACAGCUACGUCCUAAUAGAACAUCAGAGGACUCACACUGGAGAAAAACCUUAUAAGUGCCCUGAUUGUGGGAAGAGUUUUAGUCAGAGUUCCAGCCUCAUUCGCCACCAGCGGACACAUACAGGUGAGAAGCCCUACAAAUGUCUUGAGUGUGGAAAAAGCUUUGGUUGUAAUUCUACUCUAAUAAAACAUCAGAGAAUACAUACAGGAGAAAAGCCUUAUCAAUGUCCAGAAUGUGGGAAGAAUUUUAGUCGUAGUUCAAACCUUAUUACACACCAGAAAAUGCACACAGGAGAGAAAUCCUAUGAAAGUUGUGAAUAUGAAGAAAGUUUGAGUCAGAACUGCAAUGUGAUAGAAGAAUGCAGAAUCCAGUUAGGAGAGAAACCAUAUAGAUGUGAAUGUGGAAAGAGUUUUGGCCUUAGCUCCCAUCUCAUUAGACAUCAGAGAACACAUACAGGAGAAAAACCUUACAGAUGUUCUGAGUGCUGGAAAACUUUCAGUCAGAGUUCCACCCUGGUGAUUCACCAAAGGACACAUACAGGAGAGAAACCUUAUAAAUGUCCUGAUUGCGGUGAAUGCUUCAGUCAGAGCUUUAACCUUAUCAGGCACCGGAGGACCCACAUAGGGGAAAAACCUUACAAAUGUACCAGCUGUGAGAAAUGCUUCAGCAGAAGUGCCUACCUCAGUCAGCAUCGGAAAAUUCACGUAGAAAAGCCUUUUGAGUCUCCUGACACUGGGGAUUUUCCUCAUGAAUGGACUUGGAAAAACUGUUAGGGGAAAUGCCCCUCAUCCCUUCAUUUUCAGUCUCAAAUUUGUCUUCCUGAGUCCCAAAGCCUGUUUGGUGAUGGUUUUUUCUUCCUUGUUGGACCAUGACAAUUUAGGUAUUCUGUGAUUGUUGUGCUAUAAAGUUUCUUUGAUGUGUUUGUCAAAACAUUUGGAAAAAGUCAACCUCCCAGUUUAAAGGAUGGGAAGACCCCAAUCACCAGGUUAUUGGAUCUGUCCAGUGAGAGAUUCAUCCACCAAGGAUGAAGAAAGGAGGACUGUUAAAAAUUUAAGGUAAGAUAGUAAUAGCUUCAAAAGAACACGUACAGAGUAAUCCUGAGAGUAAGCAAAGGAACCAUGAGAACCUGAAACUAGAAUUGCUAUUGAAUUACUUUAUUUUCUCUUCCCUUAUUGGGUAGAGAUACAUCAUUACCGGCCUCAGGGAUUUACCCAGAGAAAGGGUAUUUUUGAGCGAAUAAUGUGAUUUCCUGGC